AUGGGCAUUUUUGUUCCUCAAUACAUAGCUUUGUGUGGAGUUACACUUGUGAUUGGAUGGCUUGUACAGUGGGUAUACAAAUGGAUUAACCCGGUUUGCAACGGGGUUCUUCCUCCUGGCUCCAUGGGAUUCCCUGUGAUUGGUGAGACCUUGGACUUCUUCAAGGCAAGCCCUUCCCUAGACAUCCCUGACUUCUACAAACUAAGGAUGAAAAGGUACGGCCCGAUUUUCAAGACAAGCUUGCUGGGGCAGCGUGUGGUUAUUUCCACCAACCCGGAGAUGAAUCGGUUUAUCCUCCAGCAGGAAGACACAUUGUUCCGUAUUUGGUUCCCACGGGCACCGGCAAAAAUAUUCAGGGAGAAGAGCCUGGAAGCCUUCCAUGGCAAAACCCACAAGUUCAUCCGAAGAUGCGCCCACACGCUGUUGGGUAUCCAGACUCUCAAAGAUGUGCUCCUUCCUGAGAUGGAGGCCGCUGUGAGAGAGCGCCUUGCCGCAUGGGCCACCAAGCCGAGCGUCGAUGUGCGCAGCGGUGCGCCCGACCUUCUGUUUGAGCUGGUGAUGAAGAAGUGCCUUGGUUUUGAUUCCACCAAGUCGGGACAACUGCGGAGCACGUUUGAUGUGCUUUUCACAGAGCUCUUAUCCUUUCCGAUAUAUUUUCCCGGGACAUCAUUUUACCGAUGCAUGCAGGCAAGGAAAAUUGUGCAGAAGACAGUCCGGGACACGUUGGCAGAGAGGUUAAGUGCACCAAGGAAUAAACAUGGCGACCUCCUUGACAUAAUUAUCGAAGAGCUGCGGGCUGAAGAGACAUCACUAAGUGAGAAUUUGGCUGUUGAUAUUGUCUCAGCGUUGUUGUUCGGCAGCGUCUUCACGCUAUCAGGAGUCAUCGCUGUAGCAUUCAAGUCACUCCAUGACAACCCAGACGUUGUCCAUGCCCUCGAGGCCUACUUUGCAAAGUGGGGACAAGAUGGCAUAGUUGACCUUAAACAUGAACUCGAGCAGGUGCUCAUAUACGGAUUUACUCGUGUGAUACGCGUCGGCCGUGAUGCCGAGGCGCUGCCGGAAGCACCGCCACCAACGCCACCACCGGCCCGCACCACCACAAUGCUGCCCGCCGCUCGGCGCCACGCCACCAUCGCCGGCCUGCUCAAGAGCGCCGUCGUACUUCCACGCCCGGCAUCGAGCGCCGCGCCCUGCCGCGAGAUCUGA